AUGGCCAUCUGCCCUGCUUCCCCAGAGCCUGACCCUGCCCAGCCUCCAGCCGGCCCUGCGCGGUCUGGGAUCCCUGCUCCGCAGCACUCAGCCAUGAAGACCCUGGGGACGCUGGUCGUGCUGGGAGCCUGGCUCUUCUCGCCCGCCCAGGCCCAGGCCCCUGAGCGGCGGCUGAAGCCCUGGCUGGUGGGCCUGGCAGCGGUGGUGGGCUUCCUGUUCAUCGUCUUCGUACUCAUGCUGGCCAACCGCAUCUGGUGCUCCAAGGCCAGAGCUGAGGACCAGGCGGACGCCUUGAGGAUGGAGCCCCAUGUGUACCAGGACAUGAACCCCAGGGAGGGAGGUGGGAAGAAGAAGGAGAGGAAGAAGGACCAGGAGGGCGGGGAGCGCAACCUGGGGCUGGAGCUGGAGGAGACGGCAGAGGACCUGGAGGCCGCCAAGAGGACUGCCCUGUGA